AUGUCUUUUAUGAGAUUCAUCAACGCUACGUCUUCCACCUUUCCUAGGCAGUGCGCAUCUGCAUCCGUCCUCUUCGCCACAGGAGACACGAUCGCGCAACAGUUUGUCGAGAAGAAGGGAAAGAAGCAUGAUCUGAUCAGAACCGGUAGGCUAGCAGUGUACGGUGGUGUCAUCUUUGCUCCUAUCAUGUCCACAUGUAAGUGGCCGCCCUUGGCAUUUUGUGAGAUUUGUCAGGGGCAAUCGCGCGGCACGCGUUCAGCUGGAUACGAGAGGCCAACGACAGUAGCGACUCGCGGAUCUCCACACUGCAAGCAGGCUCCGCAUUGAAGGGGCAAUGAGCCCGCCACGAGUCGGCAAGCGGUCACCCUAGCUGACCACGCAAAUGCGCCGCUUCGCCUUGCCUGCCAAUCGAUAGGGAUGGGCAAGAUCUUGGAGCACGUCAAGUUUCAAAACAAGGCCGCAACUUUGGGAACCAAGGUGAGUACCACCGAUCAGGAGAGAGCAGUGGUAUCUGCUCAGCCGUGAGCACUGUAUACUGCGUGUGAUUGAAUCUUGUCUCCCUUGCCCGCGCUCGACAUACAGGUGCUGCUCGACCAGGUCAUCAUGUCGCCCUUGAUCAUUAGCAUCUUCUUCACAGCUACCAACUUCCUCGAGGGCAAGCCUUUUUCGGCGGCUCAAGAGAAGCUCAAGACUUCCUGGCUACCAACAUACAAAGCUGCUGUCGGUGUCUGGGCACCUGUUCAAGCCAUCAAUUUCAGCAUCGUGCCUCCUCAUCUCAGGCUGCUAUUCGUGUGAGUAGAUGCGCUCUUAGAUCUUGGGCCCUUGGGAAGCACGUUCGCAGACAUCUGAUCGGCAUCUCGAACAUCCCCCUUUGCCUUGGUAGUAACGUCGUGUCUGUCGGAUGGAACACUUUCUUGUCGGUUCAAGCUGCAGGCGGCGCCAACGAGCGUAAAGCAGAGGCGAAAGUGGAUGAGCUUGAGGCACCGCUGAUCAAUAGGGCCAAGGCAGUGGGCGCAAAGCUGGAAAGGGAGGGCAAUAAGCUGGUGCACAAAGCCUAG